UUGGGUUUACAAAAUAUCAAAUAUUAGAGGCUUUCAUCUCAACUCAAACAGGAUGAAGACGAUAAUUUUCUUCUGCUUGAUUGCAAUCGCAUCCGCCAGACCAGGGGAACAACUGAAUGUGGAAGAUGUGGAUGUGAGUUGGGUUGCAGGAAGUUGCUUGGUUGAGCACUGGAAGGAUGAGCUGGAUCUAAAAACAAAUAUGGAGAAUAUCAAUGCUUGUCUGGACUGUUGGAGAAAGGUUGGGGACCCAAUGACCGAAGAUGGUUUGAAGAAAGCCAAGGCCUGUGUUGAGUCCCAGCUUCCUUGGGAGUUUCAGGCAUGUGCUGAUGAGGUUAACAGUGUCGAACUAGAUAACCCAGAGGCUGUAGGACCUGUCCUAGAAUGCUUUAAGAAUUUCCGACAUGAGGCAGGAGCCAACUAUUGUCUGGAAAAAGUUGAAGAAUCUGAAGAUCCUAUUGAUACACUUACAGAUGGAUCUGUGUGUAUGCUUGAGUUCUCUAAAAAUGUCACCAUGUUUCAACAAUACACCAGAUCUUCAGGAUCAGACAGGACAGGGAAAAAAAUUAAGCCUGGAAAGGAAUCUGGUGAAGGGAAACUAUUAAAGCAGUAUGUGAUGGGAACACUAAUGCCGAAAGCGCAUUGUGAGGUGGCAAACAUUGAUGAUUUAGACAGACAGGACGCCUGCACUAAAUGUUUUGAUGACUCUAUAAAAGCUGAUCCUGUCGAUGUUAUGAAGGAAAUAGUUGCCUGUAGUGAUAAAUAUCUUCUACCAGCUUAUCAGACGUGUCAUGAUGAGUUUGUUUCCUCCCUCUCUGGAUCUGGGAUUAACAACAACUCCAUUGUCAAAUGUUAUAUUAGAACUGUUCUCAGAUAUGUUGUAUCCACCUGUAACUCUGAUACUGAUAUUGAAGUAAACCCUGAGAGCCUUCUGACAACUUUGGAUUGUGGAAAAGAUUUUAUAGAAGACUGGAUUAGAGAAAAUGCAAGCGAUGAGUUUGCAGAUGAGAUUAUCAAGAAACUUGAAGAGGAUGAGGAGAACGAAUAUGAAGAGGAUGAGGAUGAAGAGGAUGAGGAAAAUAACUAAAUGUUACAAAUAAUUAGUUUUAAACAUAAAAUUUAUACGCCUUUCUAAAUUGAUUAAGUAGAUUUCUUGUAUUAACAUUUCUCAUUAGCUUUAAAUACAUUCAUUGGUUAAA